AUGUUGCGCCUGUUCCGUUCCAUCAGCAGAGGGCGGAAAAAGAACGACGACUCCCCCCGCGCCGCAUGGUCUCCCUUUACACGCUCGCCCGAGCGGACGCGGGUUGUAGGGCGACGAUUCCCCGCCGACGACUACGACGAUAACCACGACGAUGAGGAUCAAGACGAGUAUUCGCCGCGACACCGCCUCAUUGGCCGCGACGACUACUUUGGCCCGGCCGAUCAGAACGAGGAGGAAUUCGACGAGGAUCAAGAGGAGGAUAUCGCUGAAGACGAGGAUGAAGAUGCAGUCGAUACGCCACUGUUACCCAUCUUCUCGGCGGCGCAUCUUGACAGACUGCCCCUGUACAAUGUCACACAUGCCAUACGCCAGCUGAUUGUUCAGCGAUGCGAGACGACUUUGUCUUGGGAUCAGCUAAGGAGUCCGCAGAUCAGCCAAUUCCUCGUCAAGCCCGUCCAGAGCCAGAUCAGAGCGGAUCAUUUCAAUCGUGCUACACUAUGUGCGUUGAUUGCGAAUUGUUUGCAGUUCCAGAAGGAGGGGCAGAUAAAUCCGGGCAAUGUGGGUGUAUCGAAGACAAGAGCUUUGAUCAGCGAGUUGUUGGCUAUGCGGUUGUUGAGGGAAUUUUCGACACGAGAGUUGAUCGAUUCGUUGUCCUACGACUUCGAUCCGCUACAGGGCAUGACCAAUGGUCCGUCGCCAGGACAGGCGACUCCCGCAGUCAACUCAGACGUACAACUGCGAAGAGCUCAAGGAAGGGUUGCGAGGGUUAGCACAAUCGAGAUUGCCAUUCGGGCAGAGGCCAAACGAUUUCUCGCACAUCCACUUGUGGUCCAACAUCUGGAGGCUAUCUGGGCAGGGAACAUCGUCUUCCAUUCAGAAGCGGACAACCUGCAUCGCAGACAUCGUCGGUCAAAAGACCAGACGACAGGCUACGGCACUCAAGACGCACAUUCGCCCAGCGCUCUUCCUGCAGAUGCUGUUCUCUCGAGAAAGGCCCGCGGGAUGAAACUGACCAAGAAAGCCCCUGAACCAGUCGUGGCUCGGCGAACAGUCACACUCUACAACCCACGAGAUGCAUCACUUUUCAAGCUCAGCCGUCUGCGUGUGCCGCGUUACAGGCAAGUAUUCAGCACCCUCAGCUUCGCGACAAUGCUUGCUCUGUUCGUUGCAGUUCUUGCCGAGCGAAGUCUCGUCAUCACACCAUUGGAGGUCUUGUUCUGGUUCUGGAGUAUUGGAUACAUGUUGGACGAAGUCGUGGGUUUCACCGAGCAAGGCUUUGGGCUUUACAUUCUCAGCUUCUGGAAUGCUUUCGAUCUGGGGAUUCUGUUUCUGUUUGGAGUCUACUACUGCCUACGUUUGUACGGCGUCGUAUUGGCAGAAGAAGGCAAACAUCGAAUCGCAGGAAUUGCAUACGAUGUGCUGGCAGCGACAGCUAUCCUGCUCUUCCCCCGACUUUUCAGCGUCUUGGAUCACUACCGCUACUUCUCGCAGCUCCUCAUUGCGUUCCGAAUGAUGACUGUUGACUUGAUGGCCAUCUUGGUGUUGAUUGUUAUCAGCUGCUCUGGGUUCUGGGUGGCACUUUCUCUAUCCUUCGCUGACACGAGAGAUGCCAAUGGCGUGGCCUACUCACUCUUCCAGAUCUUGAUGGGCUUCACACCAGCGGUUUGGGAUCACUGGAAUGGAUACAACAUCCUUGGCAAGGGCAUCAUGGCCGUCUUCUUGACGAUUUGUCACUUCCUGAUCGUGACGAUCCUCAUCACCGUCUUGACCAACAGCUUCAUGGCCAUUGUCAAAAACGCAGAAGAAGAGCACCAGUUCUUGUUCGCGGUCAACACCAUCUCCAUGGUCAAGUCGGAUGCACUCUUCAGCUAUGUGGCACCUACGAAUAUCGUUGGGUGGAUGCUCAGCCCGAUUCGAUUUCUCAUCCCCCUGCGAACCUACGUCAAGAUCAACCGCACAAUCAUCAAGAUAUCGCACUUCCCGAUCUUGUUCAUAAUCUUUGCAUAUGAACGAGUGGUCAUGGCACGGAGAUCAUAUGCACCUGGCGACCUCAUCGAGAAGACACACAUCCACCAGUCACAGCCUAUAGCUUUCAGCAUCAACAAACCGGUCGACUAUCCCACCGCUCACCGCCUGAGAGAGCCAUCGGUCAUCAGCUUCCGCAAAGACCGAGCACUGGACGAAGUCUUUCGAAGACCCUUCCGAGGCGACACUGUCCGUACAACCACCAAAGAAAUGGACAUUGAUCGAGAAGAUGCGAAUGCAGUGGAUCAGUGGAUGCAAGAAGCCGAUAUGGAAGGCGGUGCCAGUCCACCGAUGGAGCAACCUAGAAGCGUGCUUGAGCGUCUCGAGCAUCGCCGGCCUCGAUUCAAGCGUGCAAGCACUGCCGAUCGCCUGAAGCUGAUGAAGCGAUCGCGGGAUUUCUCGACUGCCACUAGGAGCGUGGCCAGUGAUCCUGAUCUAGUAUCCGCCACUCAAUCAAGACGGCCCUUCAAGAUUGAUGAGGAGACUGAAAUGGAGAUGAGUACUGAGACGUUGCCACAGGAUACUGAAGCAGAUGGAGAUGAUGAGAUUAAUGACGAUUCGGAUGGUGACAACGCGACUCCAGCUCUUGGUGAGAGUGCGAUAUCAAUUCGAGAGCGGACACCUGUGAAUGAAAGCGAGCCUGAGUUCUUCACACCUGCAGGCCCUGCUUCACCUUCACUGCAAUUAUCGCAUGCAGCACGACAGCGUUUGGCAUAUUCUCCAGAGCUGCACCGCAGACCAGGAGCGCCGCAGCAUGCACAGCCAGUCUUGCAUGCACCUCGUAACCACACCCGACAGACUUCGAGUGGCACGAUCCUUUUCGCGCCCCAGCUUGACUACGACUCAACGACUUCCAACCACUUGCGACCUGCAAUACAACCGAAGAAGAACAGUGGAGGAACGACAACCCCAGCUAAUGGCGGACCAAGUGGCACACGCACUCCCGUCAAGAGACCCGCCCCGGCCAAGGCGCGUCCUAUCAUGCCGGCUAGACAGAAGACAGCACCUCACGCGACUGCAGGUGGGUUAACCUUCCUCGACAUGCCUAGGGCGGGCCGAAGGGAUCCGUCAUUCAAUGCCCGCGCUCUCGAUCUGGCCAGCGACCUCGGAGAUAACAAGUUCGGGCCUGCUGGGAUUGAUGCGGGUGGGAUUUCUGGUAUGCCCGCGUCGUUCAGCGAGCAGAUGAUGCGGGAACGAGAAUUGCACCGCAGAGCAGAGGAAGAGCGUCGACGGUCUGAGGAAGAGGAGAAAGGUAUGGUGAAUCGCAUCAUGCUUGCGAGGAUGCAUACAUUGGAGGAGGGAUUCCGGGAAGUUCUGAAAGAGAUCAAAGACCUGAGCCAAAACGCCACCAACUCUUCCCGACGAGACAGCGAAGUCGACUCCGGCGGCGCGGCCAUUCCUCCAUCUGGACGUCCCAAACCGCAAAGACCCAAGAUCGAAACGCAAGACAGCCACGGCGUGAGCGGACCAGGCUGGCAGACUCCCAAAACACCCAUCGGCCGCAUCGGAGGCAACGAAAAGGACCGGUCCCGCCGAAGCCCACGCAAAGUCCAAGUCCCCCAACGCACCAGCCGAAAAGGCAAAGAAAACGAGCGACCAACCAGCAGCGGCGAGCCUUUGAAAGUCGGCUCCAGCGAGGAUGUCUUACCCGAGCAGUAUCAGAUCCAUCAACUCGCGAGAGAAGAGCAUCAUAACCCGGAAGACGCGGCGAAUAACCCCAGUCCGGAUUCCGUGCGGAGUGUGAUUGAGGUCGGGAAGGAAGAUUCUGCGAGACCACCGACUGCGCCGCGGCCGGCGACGGCGAUUCGGGAUGAGGAUGAGGGGGAUGAAUGA